GGGGUGGGGGCGCUGGAGUGGUAUACUUCACCACCCCUCCUGUGGGUUUGCAAAGAGUUCGUGCGCGAUAUUCAGCUCUGGGAGCGCGAGGGGUGAGGAGGACCGGCGCAUCCACUCAGCGAAUCGGUGUGACUCUGAAGUGCCGUCUUUAUUUUUAUUUCAUUUUGGCAUUUCCAUGUGGGAUUGACUCCGAAGUAAUAACCUUUACUUAAUUUUUUUUCUCCUUUUAAAAAAAAUCCAGUUUGCAUCUGGCGAUUACUGAUGAAGCUUGUUGAAGUUGAAACAUGACGGGACACGCGUGUCUCUUUUUGCAUUCACCUCGUCGGCGCCUUCACCUUCACAGGUAGCAAGGGGAGAAGAUUUUAUUUUUUAAUAUAGAAAAAAAAAACAGCUUUGAAAUUCUUGCUCUUUUUAUUUUCAUAUAUUUUAUGGGACAGUCUGAGAGAUGAACACUGAUUUUGGGAGCCGUUUUUAAUGGAAAAGACCGCAAAUCAUUCACUGACCACCUUGCUGUGUCUGCUCGCCGCGCGGCGCUGAUCACCGCAAUCCCCGCAGGUCGCGCAGUCGGGUCCCCUGUCCGUUCCUAAACUUCAACGGGGAACUGCGACACGGGCUAUGUCGCUUCUGGCUGACCCCUUUCUGUGCGAUCAGCAUCUUAUAUCCCAGACCUUUUCUUCAGUCUGAUUAGUCUUACGGACCAGUUAUUGCAUUAUCCCUCCACCUCCUCCUCCUCCUCCUCUUCCCUUGGACCCAGACGCAGAUCAGACAGAGGAGGAUCUCUCCAGCACUAAACUCUGGCACACAGCGGCGCGCGGGAUGAGAAGACUAUGAGCUGACACACUCCAGUUUUUCUCCUUCGCUGCAACGGAUUUGGGUGUGCACGUGGACGAUUCCUGUCAUCGCCUGUUACAGCAGUGCUUACAAAAAUUUGCUAAGCUGAGCUGUAAAAAGGCUGGAAACUAUAUCAUGGAUCUGAAAGACUUUUACCUGUUGGGCUCCCUGCUUGCCUGCAUAUGGUUAGAUCCAUCCAUAGCUCAAGAGCUGAUCUACCCAAUCAGAGAGGAGCUGCAAGAAAAUGUCCUAAUUGGAAAUAUACCAAAGGACCUAAACAUUUCCCAUACAAGUGCUGCAACUGGAGCAAGUGCUAAUCUAGUGUACCGGCUCGUCUCGAAAGCAGGAGAUAGCCCGCUGGUGCGCGUUCUGGGCAACACUGGAGAAAUAUUUACCACGUCAAACAGAAUUGACAGAGAAAAGUUGUGCCCUGGUUCCUCGUUUGAGGAUGCAGAGUGCUCCUUUGAAAUAGAAGUGGUCGUCCUGCCUAAUGAUUAUUUUAGGCUGAUAAAGAUUAAAAUAAUCGUGAAAGACACAAACGACAAUGCCCCCAUGUUCCCAUCCCCAGUGAUCAACAUCUCCAUCCCGGAGAACACCCUCAUUAACAGCCGCUUUGCUAUUCCGUCUGCCACUGACCCAGACACCGGCCCCAACAGUGUCCACAAAUACGAGCUGAUCAACGGGCAAAGCGCCUUUGGCUUAGAUAUAGUCGAAACGCCUGAGGGGGAGAAGUGGCCCCAGCUCAUUGUGCAGCAAAAUCUGGACAGAGAGCAGAAGGACACGUAUGUGAUGAAAAUUAAAGUCGAGGAUGGUGGCAGUCCACAGAAAUCCAGCACUGCCAUUCUUCAGGUUACUGUAACAGAUGUCAAUGAUAACAAGCCAGUGUUUAGAGAGAAUCAGAUAGAAGUGCACAUACCAGAAAACUCUCCUAUUGGCACAUCUGUUGUUCAGCUCCAGGCUACUGAUGCAGAUAUAGGGCCAAACGCAGAGAUCCAUUAUGUAUUUGGGACUCAGGUGUCUCCAGCUACAAAAAGACUUUUUGCAUUAAAUUCAACUUCUGGCCUCAUUACAGUGCAGAGGCCCCUGGACAGAGAGGAAACUGCUAUUCACAAGCUUUCUGUUUUAGCCAGUGAUGGCAGCUCAAGUCCAGCCAGAGCUACUGUUAUCAUAAAUGUGACUGAUGUUAAUGACAACCCCCCCAACAUAGACCUGAGAUACAUAAUAAGUCCCAUUAAUGGCACUGUUUUUCUCUCAGAAAAAGAUCCCAUCAACACUAAAAUCGCUCUCAUCACAGUAUCAGACAAGGAUACUGACAUCAACGGCAAGGUCAUAUGUUUCAUAGAGAAGGACGUACCUUUCCAUCUCAAAGCUGUGUAUGACAACCAGUAUCUGCUGGAGACAUCUGCGCUGCUGGACUAUGAGGGGACAAAGGAGUACAACUUUAAAAUUGUUGCUUCAGACUCAGGAAAGCCAAGCUUAAAUCAGACUGCUUUAGUGAGAGUGAGACUGGAGGAUGAGAAUGACAACCCGCCUAUUUUUACACAGCCAGUCAUUGAGCUGGCUGUUAUGGAAAACAACAAACGUGACCUGUUCCUCACAACUCUCAGCGCCACAGAUGAGGACAGCGGGAAAAACGCAGAGAUUGUGUAUCAGCUGGGACCAAAUGCAUCGUUUUUCGAUCUCGACCGUAAAACGGGGGUCCUGACGGCUUCUAGGGUUUUCGACAGGGAGGAUCAGGAUAGGUUCCUCUUCACCGUAACGGCGAGAGAUAACGGCACACCCCCUCUGCAAGCACAAGCAGCUGUUAUUGUGACUGUGCUGGAUGAAAAUGAUAACAAUCCUAAGUUCACGCAUAACCACUUUCAGUUCUUUGUGUCUGAGAAUCUUCCUAAAUACAGCACUGUGGGGGUAAUAACUGUGACAGAUUCAGAUGCUGGAGAGAAUGCUGCUAUCUCUCUUUCCAUACUGAAUGACAAUGAGAACUUUAUUCUGGAUCCAUUCUCCGGGGUGAUAAAAUCUAAUGUGUCAUUUGACAGGGAGCAACAGAGCUCCUACACUUUUGACGUCAGAGCUAUAGACAGCGGUAGGCCUCCUUGCUCUUCGGCCGCCAAGGUGACCAUCAAUGUCAUUGACGUGAAUGACAACACCCCCAUUGUUAUCUACCCCCCUUCCAACACCUCUUUUAAGCUCGUCCCUCUCUCCUCCAUCCCAGGAUCUGUUGUGGCAGAGGUGUUUGCUGUGGACAGUGACACAGGGAUGAAUGCUGAACUGAAAUACACCAUAGUGAGUGGAAACAACAAGGGUCUGUUCAGAAUUGACCCUGUCACGGGAAACAUUACACUGGAGGAAAAACCUGCUCCAACUGACAUAGGCUUACACAGAUUAGUUGUCAAUAUCAGUGACCUGGGAUAUCCCAAAUCACUCCACACUCUGGUGCUUGUGUUUCUAUAUGUCAAUGACACUGUGGGCAACUCAACGCUCAUUUACGAUCUUAUCCGGCGUACCAUGGAGACCCCAAUCGACCGAAACAUCGGGGAAAGUAGUGAGCCUCAAAGUGAUGACUAUUUUCCUAUAAUGGUUGCCUUUGUUACUGGCGCUUUGGUGGUGAUUAUUGUCAUCUUUGUGACCGUGCUCCUGCGCUGGCGCCAUGCCACCAGGUUCAAAGCUGCACAAAGAAAGAAACAGGGGACUGAGUGGAUGUCACCAAAUACAGAGAACAAGCAAAACAAAAAGAAGAAACGCAAGAAAAGGAGGUCCCCCAAAAGCUCCCUGCUUAACUUUGUCACCAUAGAGGGCAACAAACCCGACGAUCCUGCUCAUCAGCCAAUCAACGGAACCAUCAGCCUUCCCACUGAGCUGGAAGAGCAAGGGAUUGGACGUUUUGAUUGGAAUGCCACACCUACCACAACUUUCAAACCCAACAGCCCCGACCUGGCUCGACACUACAAGUCCGCCUCACCCCAAUCAGCUUUCCACCUUAAGGCUGACACACCUGUCUCAGUAAAGAAGCAUCACGUCAUCCAGGAACUCCCCUUGGAUAACACAUUUGUUGGGGGAUGUGACACCCUUUCAAAGAGAUCCUCCACGAGCUCCGACCACUUCAGUGCCUCAGAGUGCAGCUCCCAGGGAGGGUUCAAGACGAAGGGUCCCAUGCACACCAGACAGCAGGGAACAUUAACUCGUGCCCGAACUGAACUGAACCCUGAGUAUCUGGACCUUCGUCCCCGAGCAGAGCUGAAUCCUGAAUAUUGGAACCCUUGCACCCCUUUAUCACAGCGACGCGUCACGUUUCACCUGCCGGACGGCUCUCAGGAGAGCUGCAGUGACAGCGGUCUCGGGGAUCAUGAGCCUGUAGGUAGUGGCUCCCUCCUCACACAACCUCUCCCUCUGGUGCAGGCGCAGGACGACUUCUAUGAGCAGGCCUCCCCCGACAAGAGGACCGAAGCUGAUGGCAACUCUGAUCCCAACUCUGAUGGGCCGUUGGGACCACGUGGCCUCGUAGAAGCCACAGAGAUGUGCACACAAGAGUGCCUAAUCUUGGGACAUUCAGACAACUGUUGGAUGCCUCCUACAUUAGGAACAUACCAACAGCCCAAAUCUCCUGUUUCCAGCUUUGGGUCUCAGCGGGAGUGGGGUCCAAAGGACAAACUCCUCAAUGGACACACGCUGUCCAGAACCUGGAAAAAUGAGAGCGGACGGUCGGAGCCUUUUGGUGAAAGGAAGCAGUUUGGAAGCGGAGAGGGACACUUCACCAGCAGUGGCAUAUCUGAUAUUCCAUUAGUGAGUUUGAAGUCCUGCCAGUCAGCCUCCUGCCCGGACAGCCCAAAGGACCAGCAGCUAUAAAAGGGACCUUGCUUUUUUGCGCUGUGAAGGGUUCUUGAAUCUGGACACAGUUUAACAGGCAGAGCGUCUCACCUGAGCUCCACUCCUGUUCGGUUGUUUUUUUUUUUUUUUUUUCCUGUUUCAUCUCUUCAAAAAUUAAGUUGAUGCUUCUGCAGUGUGACGGCCGCAUGGGCUGUGUAGACCACGAAGUAAACGCUUCUGCUGUGCUCUUUACAGUGAACCUUGUUAUAACUAUAGGAAACUCUUUCUUUUUUCUGUGACCCUCCUUGGAUUUCAGUGUGAAAUGACAUUUUGUGCCCACUUCAUGUGUGAAUCAGACAUGUGGAGGAAGGACCUGCAGAAAACACACAAAAAAAAGAAAAAAAAAGGUCGAACAAAUAUAUACAAAAUAUUUGUGGUGUAAUUGUUAUUGAGUUGUCCGGAACUAUAUUAAUCAACACAAUCAAAGAAGAAGAAAUUUAUUUCUGAGAAGAAAAAAAAGUUCUAUUAACACUGUUUGUAGUCACUUGUUUAUUCAUUGUCUAUGUGUUUGUAAAUAAGGCUUAUAACCACAACCAUGUAUCUGUUGUAUCCACGGUAAAUGAGAAAGGUGAUGCUAUAAAGAAAGGCUUCAUCCCAGUUUUGGAUUCCAGGUGAACAAGGAUUCAUUCACUUGUAGCUAUUUCUUUAAAAGCCCGUAAUCUGAUUUCAAAAUGAUUUUGUCAAGUUUGUCCAUAAUCUUUAAGAAUUUUCUUCAAGAACCACAGAACCCAUCAGGGAGAAGCAUCUUUUCUUCUCCCUAAAAGUAUUUUGUAUGAAGGAUGUCAGUGCUCAAUAUGCGCAUUCUAAAAAUUAAAAGCUUUGGAGGCUCUCAAUACACUGAUUUGGGAAGUGUUCAGUACAAUUAAAUAGCAAUAUAUUUGUAAAUGGCUAAAUGUUUUAUCUAACGAUUACCUUACUACUGUAUAGAUUUUCAUCCUAUAUUGUGAGUUCACUGAGUGCAAUUUCUCAGUAGUACCUUCAAUCUAUCGAUGUGUGUAUAUAAAUAUGAUUUCCACACAGAUUAUCUUUUUUCCACACGUUAAGAAAAAACAGAGUAGAAAAACAUUUGAAUCACUGUGCCUUCAUAAUGUCUCUUUAGAACACUUAUUUGUGCUUAAUCAAAUGACAGCAGCGUUUUUUGGCCUCAACAUUUUGGCCACAUUGUCAGAUAAUCAAAUGCCUUAUGCAUUGUUUGCCAAAAUUUAAGACAUAUUUCACACAUGUGUUAAAACGCAAAACUUGAGUUGUUGAUUCUGGAAAUGAGGCAUGUGCAGAAAAUGGGUCGCCCAUGAAAAAUCAUCUGUCCUUCUAUCGUCUGAUCAGGUUGGUUUUUCCCAAAGCAUGGAAGGCAAAUACACAACGGAACAGCAUGCUAAAAGAUAUAGAUUUUAGAAUUAACUUAUACAUUUUUAUGUCUUUCUUUCUCUUUCUUUCUUUCUUACUUUUUGCAGGGUGGUAAUUGAAUCUGGGUUAUAUAGGUUGAAUUACAGUAACAUUCAGUUUGUAAAGCACUUUCAGAUUUAUGUCACAGUAUAAAAAAAGUAAAGUAAGAUGGAGUGAUUUGCUUAUUGCAGUUUGUUUGUCAGUUGUGAGGGUGUUUGACAUUACAGAUACUGAAACAGUUACUCCUUGUUACUAUUCUACAGGUAUCCAGCUACUGCAAUAAAUGUUUUAAUUGUG